AUGCAGAGCAACGCAGAAAAUCCUCGCAAACGGUUCACUGCUACCUCUCCUAACGGCAACCGCCAAAACGUCAGCGUUGAUACCAGCAGUAACGUAGCAGGUCCAUCUCGACCGCGAAUCGCCAAUGCGGUGCCUGCCGAGAUUCUGGACGAUCCCGCACUCAAUCAAGCCAUCAAAUCCAUCCUACCAUCCAAUUACAAUUUCGAAAUCCACAAGACCAUCCAUCAUAUCCGCAAAGCUUCGGCGUCAUGCGUUGCACUUCAGAUGCCCGAAGGUCUCACGCUCUGGGCGACGGGCAUCGCAGACAUUGUGGAGCGCUUUACCGAUGCAACGACGGUCAUCAUGGGUGAUGUGACGUAUGGCGCAUGUUGUGUGGACGACUACACAGCGAUGGCGCUCGGAUGCGAUAUGCUGGUACAUUACGGACACAGCUGCCUGGUACCAGUGGAUCAAACGGCAAUCAAGACGUUGUACGUCUUUGUCGAGAUCUCCAUCGACCCUGCCCAUCUGGCUGCAACGAUCCGGGCUAACUUCCCAAACGACAGGCACGACUUCAGAGCCAAGAUCCUAGGCGGAAGUCAGAGCGCAGCUGGCAAGAGGUCUGAGGUGGACGAGUCUGCAGGCCGUGCCCAGAUCCAGAUCGGCGAACAAGCGAGUGUAGCUAGUGGUGCACCACCAUCAACUCUGACGCAUCUGGCUCUCGUUGGGACCGUGCAAUUCAUCAACGCCAUCAACGGGCUGCGUGAAGCCUUGAGGCAGCAACAGCAUCGACUCGCUGAUGGUCAGAUUGUGUCAACCGAGUCGCCUGUAGAUCGGUUGAUGCUCACUGCCGGUACAGCUUCGAGCGCCCCAGUGCAACACAUCACACAAGCAGCCAAGUGGAAAGCAUGGAGCUCGGGAGAGUACAAAGUAACGGUACCGCAAGUCAAGCCGCUCAGUCCCGGCGAAGUGCUAGGAUGCACGUCGCCCAAGCUCGAUAAGGACGAGAUCGAUGCGAUUGUCUACAUUGGCGAUGGACGCUUCCAUCUUGAGUCGAUCAUGAUUGCCAACCCACGGAUUCCUGCAUUCCGAUACGACCCGUACACGAAACGCUUUGUGCGUGAGCUGUACGAUCACGCCGAGAUGCGCAGGAUGCGUGGCGAAGCGGUCAGGCUGGCCCAGGAUAGUGUGGGAGGUCUCGACCUCGAUCCUGAGACGUCGAUCGUCAAGAAAAACAAGGCAGUAGUAGUAGAUGCUGAGAAGGACCGAGUCACUGCUUCAGGAUGGGGAGUCCUUCUCGGCACUCUUGGACGGCAGGGUAGCCUUCGUGUGCUCGAGUCGCUGAGCGCAUCGCUCUCUGAGCAUGUGCCGCCCAUCCCGCAUGUUCCGAUCCUGCUGUCCGAACUGUCUCCGCAAAAGCUGGGAUUGUUUGGCGAGCAUCUGGCGGCUUUCAUUCAAUCGAGCUGCCCACGACUGUCAAUUGACUGGGGCUCGGCAUUUGCCAAACCGCUACUCAGCCCUUACGAGGCAGCGGUGAGUGUCAAGAAGGUCAAAGGGUGGCAGGAGGAUGUGCAAGGGCUGGGUAUGAGCAGGACCCCGGCCAAGCAGCAGCAGGAUGGCAACGGCAACGGCAGCGACGCGGUGCCUGCCGAAGACAAGCACCUGCCUCUGGAUGGCGACUACCCAAUGGACUUUUACAGCGACACCUCGUUGGGACCCUGGACACCACGACACGGCAUGGCGCCAGCGAAGAAGCCAGUGGGUGCAAAGUCGAACCUGGCUCUGCUGAGGAGCUUGCGAAGCAAGCGGGCUAAGGCAAGCAGUACACCUACCAGUGCUGCUACAGCUUGA